UCCUCUUCUCUCUCUCUCUCUCUCACACGGGCGAGACAUGGCGGCAUUGGCACGGCGCUGCGGCAUCUUCCAGCAGCUCGCGGCGCGAUCUUCUCCUCCUAUCGAUUUUGAUCCACAGGCUAGAGCGCUACCACUUCUCUUCAAGAGAUGGGCCACGAAGAAGGCCGGAGGGUCUACGGACAAUGGCAAGGAUUCCAAGCCAAAGUACCUGGGUUUGAAGAAGUCUGGUGGAGAGAAAGUUAUUCCUGGGAACAUCAUCGUUCGUCAGCGAGGCACGCGAUUCCAUCCCGGUGACUUCGUUGGCAUGGGCCGUGACAGAACCAUCUACGCGCUCAUCGAAGGCACGGUCAGAUUCGAGAUGAACAAGAAGACCCAGCGAAAGUGGAUUCACGUAGACCCGGCCAAUCCACCACCUCUUCAUCCGCUCUUCCUCAAGCCGGAGGAGAUCGUGAAGCCCAAGCCGAGGAAAGUGAGAGUCCAGUCCAAGCAGCAGAAGAUGAAGUGGUGGAAGCAGGAGCACACUGGUCCCGGGCCGACCGAGAAACGAACGCUCCCAGCGCUGUGCCUGCUGGAUCCAUCAGCAACACCAGCGGAUCCGGGUGACGCUCCUCGGAAGCCAGCGACUAGAAUGGCUCGUAGAGCGGCUCUUGCGAAGAAGAGGAUCCGCUCCAGAGAAUUCAACGCCAAGAAAAUGGAGAGGGGUACUCUCAAGGUCUCUAAACCGGAGGAGAGGAUCGUUAAGGCAGGAGGGAAGAACACUAAGACAGAGAAACUCCCGGCUUAGCAGCAGCUCCUGGGAUCGAUGUGAACUAUCUUCUUAGCUAGGCUGGCGUCGUCUCUGGAGGGAUUGGAUCA